AUGCCCGAAUUUGCUAAGUUUGUGAAAGACCUGCUUACAAAGAAAAGGUAUGUUCAACAUGAGACAGUGAAUUUAACUCAUCGUGUAGGUGCAAUUAUUGCUUCCACCACAGUUCAGAAGAAGGGAGACCCAGGGGCAUUCUCUAUUCCGUGCAAUAUUGGGCUUCAUGCAUUCGCCCGUGCUUUGUGUGAUAAUGGGGCAAGUAUUAACUUGAUGCCCCUUGCUAUUUUUAAACAAUAUGGAUUGGGGACUCUUAGACCGACUUUUAUGCGAUUACAGAUGGCAGGCAGAUCUAUCAAGAAGCCAAUUAGGGUUAUAGAUGACGUGUUGGUGCAAAGAUAUUCCAUUAUCUUGGGAAAGACCGUUUCUUGCUACGGAAGAAAACUUAUGGACUACGAAAAGAAUGAAAUAAAGUUCCGAGUGAAUGACGAAGAAGUGACUUUCCAAGCAAGCAAGGGGAUGAAGUUUUCAAGCACUUAUGAGAGCAUCUCGGUUAUUGAUUCGUUUGAUGGGAUUGACGAUGCUGUCGAAUAUAAAAUGGAAGAAGAAAGUCUAGGAGAAGCACUCGCUGUAGCUCUGAUAAAUUUUGAGGAUUGUGAUAUGGAGGGCUAUGUGGAAACAAUAAACGCGCUUGAGGGUCUAG